AAACUUGACAAUUCCUGCGCGUGAAGCUACGCGUCCUUGUGGGAAUAAAAUAAGCGUUGUCCUUGUAAUCCGUGUCUCGUUGGAGAGUACUGUUUGGAGUUUCGUGGUCCGGUCCGGUUCGGCUUCAGGACGUGUCCACCCGGUUCCUCUGAGCUCACCCGGCACGUGGACCCGUGUUCUCCUUGAAUGACCUACACGCCUCCAAAAAAAAAAAAAAUACACGCAGCUCCACACGUGUAGUUUUAUUUCAUUUUUUUUAACUGGAUCAGCUGAACGAACCAAGACGCGCUGCGUCGAACGGAACCGACUGGAAGUCCGAGUUCGGAACCAAUGUUUGGACCCGUGACUGGACCCUGCAAGGAUCUGUCGCGGUGCCUGAGCUCGCAGGAUGUACACGAUCACCAGAGGUCCCAGCAAACUGGUUACACAACGGAGGACAGGUUUGACUCCUGGAUGAUUUCAGGUCCCACGCAGCAGGUCGAGAGCAAAUUCAGCGACUUGAAACUCAAGCCGACGUCUUGGCUCACGUCAAACUCUCCGCCCCCAAAGAUCGUGUUCAACCGUCUCAACGGGAAACGGCACCACGGCUCCUCCACUCCGACCCCGAGCCCGGCAGAGGGGUUCACUGCUGCGCACGAGGAGAACGUCAGAUUUGUGUACGAAGUAUGGCAGGAGGUGGAGCAGAAGCUGGAGGACAAGGACAGAGGAGAGUCAGCUGACAGCCAAGGACCGGUUCAGUACGCUGAGAAGACCCCCAGUGCGGUGAUGAAAAACUUUGUGCCUAUAGAUCUGGAGGAGUGGUGGGCUCAGCGCUUCCUCGCCAAUAUCGCCAGCCUGUCGUAACCGACAGGAAGCGUCUGAAAACGAGGGCAGAAGGGGGCCGAGCUCGUCUCCAGGAUUUCUGAUGAUGUGCAUAAUUCGGGCUUCGAUUCGAGGCCGUGCGCUUCAACUGCUGCUGUAGAGAAAUCUGGCUGGACACUAACUCGUCAGGUGCGACCUGACUGGACUCUGACAGCACAGACUUUGGGCUGUGCUGCAUUUAAGGACCCGUCUGUACUUGGACACACGAGCUGUGAGAUUUCUCAUCUUGGAGUGGUCACAGCUUUAUGUACUUCUCAGCUGACGUUUGGAUGUGAAGCUAGAAAAUAAGUAAAAUGUUUUUGAAUAA